AUGAAAGGUAUCAAUAUUUGUUGUCGAAAAUCUAAAAAAUCUCCACCAUAUGAACCACGAAAAAAUAAACAAAAAGUAAAUUUGUAUAGAACUAAAGAAAAUCAACCAUCGUCAUCUUCGCUAAAGGAGACAUCUCAAGUGGAAACCAGGAUAAUAUUUGAUGCUUCAGCAUCAGAUUCAAUAGAUACGCUUAACAUGAUAAAUUUCUACCAAAAUAGCUGCAAUAAAGAAACGGAAGAUGGAUGGGUUGCCGUUGCUGUUGAACAACAACGAAAUCACGGAGAUCCUUAUUCUACCGAGAUUCAUAAAAAAUCUUUUGACUAUUCAAUAUUAUCGGAAUCGGAAAAGAAUACGGAAAUACGACAGAAUGCUUCGAACAAUAGAAAACUCUCCAUUAAUUCAUUGGACAAAAUUGAUUUUACAAGAGAUCUUUAUGAUAUAGGGAAAACUCAUUCAGCCGGUUCAAAAUAUAUUCAAGAAAACAUAAGGCGACUGGCUCGAACUGAAGAAUUUCAAGACAUUACUAAAGCAGAACCGAUAUUUUUAAUGAAUGAAAAUGCUUAA